GGUACAUUUCCCGCAAUUCAGUUACAACAACUGAAAAUAUCUAGCAACAUAAGUAAUCACUAAGCAGGAAAAAUGAAUGCAACAACGGACAUUAUGGAGGCGUACUGCGUUCCCGGGGGACGAGAGUUCCAGCGAGUCUAUAUAAAAGUGCACGGCUACAUCGCGCUCAUUAUUUGCCUGCUCGGCUCUGCGGCCAACUCCGUUAAUAUCGCUGUACUGAGUCGGAAGGAAAUGAUCUCAUCCACUAACUCCAUCCUGACCGCCCUCGCUGUAGCCGACCUCCUCGUCAUGCUCGACUACAUACCUCUCGCUUUGCACAUCUACACAACUAUCGGCUCCGAACUACACCGGAACUCCUACGGAUGGGCCGUCUUCGUCUAUUUCCAUUCCAUAUUCAGUCAAACUUUUCAUACUAUAUCAAUAUGGUUAACUAUAACUCUUGCGAUAUGGCGAUACAUCGCUAUCAAGUUUCCGCAGAAAAACAGAAUUCUUUGUAAUAAACGUAACACAAAUCUGGCUAUAGCUGUCGCUUACGUCGUUUGUCCUAUAAUGUGUCUGCCUAUUUACUUCGCUAUGGAUAUACAAGAGAUACCUAACAAGAAUAACAAUGAGACUGGCAUGAUAGAACUAAAUGAGACUUCGAUGAACAUGUCAAAAGAUUACGACAUAAAAUAUGCAAUAACAAUGACGAAUAACGAGGAUUUGUUAACAGCGAUAUUCUGGAUAUAUAGCGUCUUUAUCAAACUUAUACCUUGUAUAGUAUUGUCCAUUUUAAGCGUCUGUCUCAUACUUAAAAUGAAGUCAAGCGACCGAAGGAGACAAAAAUUAUUGAAAAAAUCAGCACUGUUAACGAACGAGGCUGAAAAAGCUCGACUAAAAGAGGACUCCGGUGGUGGUAAACGCGCGGCGAGUGGCGGUGGACGAACGGAUCGUACAACGAGAAUGCUCGUCGCUUUACUGGGGCUCUUCCUAGCUACAGAACUGCCGCAAGCAUUGUUUGGUUUACUUACCGCAAUAGCUCCACAUCUUUUUCAACAAUGUUACUACUCAUUUGGCGAGGUUAUGGAUCUUAUGGCCUUGGUAGGGUCUGCCGUGAACUUUGUUCUGUACUGCAGUAUGAGCAGGCAGUUCCGCAACACCUUCAGACGGCUCGCCCGAAAGCUGCUGCCGAUGCAGCGCAGGACUUCAGAACUAGGGACUGCGAGGAAAGCGUAGCAGUCACAGUCCGGCCCUGCCACUUCUGUCACAUAUCUAUGAACUGUACUACAAACGAAACCAUAUAAAUAUUAUGGAUGUAGUACAAAUUAUGUACUGUCAAUUAUUUUAUUGACCCGUUUUAGUGAUAUAUAGAAAUAUUCAUGGUGAAAAGAACAAUUUAGGAGUUUUGAAGUGAAAGCAAACAAAAACAAGUGAGUGUUGAUAUUUUAUACAUUCAGUGUUUUCAUAAUUAGGCAUUUAUUGGUGGUAAAAGUAUACUUCUUAUAAUAAAACAAAU